CGUCCCGAAGACCCGAAACGCCGUUGUCGUGCCCAUCCACGACCCUCCCCCGAGCCCGGCCGUCGUUUCUUCCCCGCUGAUCCCGGGACCGCGGUCCACGUCGCGCGCGUCGAUCCUCCCCGAUGUUCGCACGGGGCGAAAAAAAAGUUUGGUUAACGUUGCCACCUUGGAUCGCACGACGUCGGCUCUCGUUCCCGAAAUCGGGACGAAAACGUGUCAGGAUCGCGAUUAUCCCCCGCGUGACACGUCUCGCCUACGACGCGUCCAGGUCACGAGACUCCCCGAAGAUGCUCCGAGGAAGUCGCGCAUAAGUCGCUGCUGGUUGUGUCACUCCGCAGAAUUUUCGUCCACGCUCUCGUCCUCUUACCCUCUCUUUCCCUCUCUUCGUCCAUCAAAGCUCGCGAGCAACCCUGUCGAGCAACAGGAGAUAGUUCAUCAUGACGGAUUCCAUGAAGUUUGGUCCAGAGUGGUUGCGCACUGGUGGUAGUGGCGGAGGUGGCGGAGGAAGCACAAGCUUGAGUACACCUCGGUAUCAGUUGGCAGAGCAUAGAUAUGGUCGGGAGGAAAUGUUGGCUUUGUUCGACCGCAAUUGUAAAGCUCCGGAGCAGUUGACAAAUUUUCCAGCCUUGUAUGUAGAGAAAACUCAAUUUCCAUUGGCUCUUACACAGAUGACAGAGGAUGAAACGCGUAUGUGGAAUGGAAUAUCUAGUAUUGGCAGCCGUGGAAGAGGUAGCAGCGUGGAUCGUGGACGUGGUAGGACUGGAAGAGGAGGCUUAUACUCGUCUCAUUAUUCACGCGGGGUCGGUUUCGGGGACGAUUCCGGUGAUGGGAUACGAAUCGAGGGCCAAUCCUUUCAGGGAAGAAAUAGGCCGUUUGAUAGGUCCCAAAGCGAACGUGGCUGGCCAGAGAGAAAUGGUGCUGCAGAUCCGGGAGAAUGGAACGGCUCGACUAGUCCGAGAAAAGAAUUAAGUCGUGGGACUAGCGGUAGUUCGCUUAUGGAAAGCAAUUGGAGACGUCAUCGCGGAGGAGGAGAAGACGAUGAUGGUUGGCGCAAGUGGGGAAGAAGUAGUUGGCGUGAGGGUGGCAAUAUAGAUCGGGAUAGGCUGGACCGAAAUGAUGGUGACGGAGAGGAAAGCAGAGGUGGCGGACCGGGAAGAUGGGAACAUCGUGGAAAUCACAGACCCUCCCACGACUCAAGUCAUCAUCCGCCGCCACGAACCGCUCGCUCUUGGGAAUCGAAUCAUCAUGAUAAUCACGACAAUCUACCCGAGUGGGCGACGGAAAAUCCGAGUGAAAGCGGCGGCAGUUUCGACGCUUCGGGCGCGUUCCAUGGUGGAAUGUAUUCAGACGAUGAUGAGGACGGUGUGGCGGGUGCUUCCCAGCAAGGUAGAACUCGACGCGUUUCGGAAGGCAGUGCUUCUAACGUAGUGAAAUCUAGUAACAAGACAUUGACUUUCGGAACGGGUUCUGUCCAAUCGUUGAAUCGCCAUACAAAUAAUACAGUCGGUACAUUAAGUAAGGAACGAUCGAAACCAUUGGAUUCACUCGAGGACAAGGAUAAUUCUAUAGAGAAAGAAAGAUCUAAUUCGCCCUCUGCCAAGCAGAGCUCUCCACCGGUUGCACCAACGACUGAGAGCAUUCCUACGAAGACCUUGACGACACCUUCGGAUCUUAUACAGAAGAAAACUGUCAUCGGAUCCGUCAGUGUGAAUAAAGUCGAGACCGGUGAGAAACCUGGCGAACCCCCGAGUAAAGCUCAUGAUAAAGAGAACACGCAGACACAGGAGGUUAUAAAAGAGCCGCAAAUAAUUGCUACCGCGAUCAAUCGACAGAUUCCUCUGGAGCAGUCGAAGGUCGUGCAUAAUCCAGGAACUGCUAGUAUCAGGCAGAGAACGGAAGACGACUUCGAUAGAAUGAAGGAAGAGGCCGAUGCGUUGGUAGCCAAAUUAAUGGCAGAUGAGGAAAGCCACAAGGAGAAGACGAUCGCUACCGGUGUCCCGUCCGCAAUUAGCGGUAAUCAAACUUCCGCGGUUUCCGCCACGGGUAAUCAGGAAAAAUGGUUUUACCGCGAUCCACAGGGUGAAGUUCAAGGACCGUUCUUGGCUACUGAAAUGGCCGAAUGGUGCAAAGCUGGUUAUUUCACUACAGGAUUAUUAGUGAGAAGAAAUUGCGAUGAAAGGUACGCUACGCUCGGUGAUUUGAUCAAAAUGUGCGGAAGAGUACCAUUUACACCUGGUCCACCAAUACCUCCUUUAAAGUUGACGGAACAAGUAAUCCCGCCUGUUCCUACUACCGUACCAGCUGGGUUGGCGGCGGCUAAUGCUAUACCGAAAGCCGGAAUGGAUGAUCCGUUGUUGUUAAUGACGUAUCAGCAAAUGCAGAUGUUACAUCAGCAGAUGUUAUUCAGGCAGAUGAGAUCAUCGGCGAUAGCCAAGUUGUCGCAGUCGGAACAUUGGACAACGCUGAGUCCCGUAGAGCAAAAUCAACUGAUACUACAGUAUGUCAUGCAGGACGGAGUGCAAGAGAUUCCGGAAGUACCGAUAACAAACCCGUUUGUGCCUCAUCUCGCUUCUCAGACGACUAAUCCUGUCAUGCAACUCUUUACUCAGAUGCAACAGGCGAAGACGCAACCUGAAACACAUCUGCCGACGAAUCCACAUGCAGCCGCAUCACCCCAUCCGGCCACAGUAGAUCCCUUACAGCAGUUGAUUCAACAGAUUGGCGGUAUGCAGAAUUUACCUGCCAUGCAACAACCAAAUAUUGCUCCGACCCCCGCGCCAACGCAAGAGGCGGAUAAUCCGAUAAAAUCUCUGCUACGUCAACUCAACGUCAAUACGAAUGGUCAUCCGCAGGCGCCUCACAUGGACACUGUCUGGCCGCAACCCCCGCCACAAAUAGCUCCACAGUUUAAUGCGCAAAAUUGGUUAGCGCAGGUUGGACCCAUUCCCGCCAUGCCUCCUGGACAAUUACCCGGUUCUCUGUGGGACUUACACGCUAAAGAUAUGAAAACCGAACAGCAAAUACUGGAAGAACAGAAUCUUAAGCUACAAGAGGAUAGAAAAAAGGAAGAGUUAAAGAAGCAAGAAGAAUUGCAACGCCAAGCGGAGGAAGAGAACGCGAAGAGAAAGCAAAAGGAGGAACAAGCUAGACAAAUCGAAGAAGCGAAGCGUAAAGACGAGGAGAGGAAGAGAAAGGAAGAGGAGAAGAAACGAAAAGAGGAAGAGAAACGCAAGCAAGAAGAAGAACAGAAGAAGAAGGAAGAGAAGAAACGUAAAGAAGAGGAGAAGAGACGGGAGGAGAAGAGAAAGCAGGAAGAAGAGAACUUGAAAAGAAAGCAAGAAGAGGAGAGAAGAAAGCGGGAAGAGCUUAAGAAACAGGAGGAAAAACUGAAGAAGGAGGAAGAGAAGAGAAAGAGAUUGGAGGAAGAGCAAAAGAAAGAAGAAGAGAGACUUAGGAAAGAAAUGGAAAUGCGACGGCAGGCGGAAGCAGAGGAACAAGCGCGUCGCGCGGAACAACGGCGAAGAGAAGCCGAGGCGCUGCGUAAGCUUCAGGAACGAAAUAAGGCUCCUUGGGCUCAGACUCCUCGCGCGAUGGCUUCUACCGCUCAUACCUCGCUCGUUGAUAUUCAAAGAUUCGAGAGAGAGAAGAAAGCGGAAGAGCAACGGGUUCAAUUGAUCCAGCAACAGAUGGCGGCGCAACAAAAGGUGAUAGAAGCCGCGCAGGAAGCAUCGGCUAUUGACUCGUCCAAACGAUUGCAAUUCAAAUGGGCAGAAAAGGCUAUCGCUUCUAAUAAACCACUUCAAGUGAAGAGCCUCGCGCAGAUUCAGCAGGAAGAACAAGAACGCAUCGCUAAGGUAAAGCAACAGGAAAGAGAACGACAGGAGAAGGCCAACCAAAAAGAAUCGGCGAGUAUGCUGCAGAAUGCUGGGAUAUGGGGUACGGCAUCGCAGGCCUUGAACUGGGCCAACUCGAGCACGUCGACUAGCCAUGCGUGGUCGACCAGUUCUGGUAAUAGUGGUUUCUGGGAUGAUCCUGCGCCCGUCAAGUCGUCCGCGACUAUGAAACAACCAGCUAUUAAGCAAACUGCGAUCGUGAAAUCCAGUACUCCUAGCCAGCAGCAGCAGCAACUACAACAACAGAAUAGCAACAAUAAGACAUCCAAGAGCAAAAACAAAAGAGAAGAGGAACUGGUGAAGAAAUUAUUUGAACAGAACACUGCCAAGACCGACGAGUUCACGCAAUGGUGUAACAAAGCGUUGGGCGGUAUACAGGCGUCGGUGGAUAUCCCUACAUUCGUUGGAUUCCUGCGGGACAUAGAAUCGGCUUAUGAGGUGAAAGAGUACGUUCGCGAUUAUCUUGGCGAUACCAAACAGAGCACGGAGUUCGCCAAGCAGUUCUUGGAGAAGCGAAGCAAAUGGCGAUCGGCACAGCGUCCGCAGGCACAAGCGGACGAUCUAUGCAAACCGGCCCCGGCCGUUAAUCCGAAUGCACCUGCAGAAUUUCAAGAAGUGAAGGGAAAAUCCAAAAAACCAAAGAAGGGAAAGAUGUUCAAGGUGGACAACAGAAUCCUUGGCUUCAGUGUAACCGCGGCCCCCGAUCGUAUUAACGUAGGUGAUCGCGAUUACGGUGAAGGAGUCUGAGCUGUUUCGCCAAUUUACCUCGUGGAAAUGAUGCAACGCUCUCGAUUUACACAUCGCAAACGGUUCGUUAUUUAUUUAUUGUUCAUUGCCAAACGGAUGCUGCUGAGAAGAAUCGCCCGCCAACACUAGGGUACCUUCUUCUUGAAGCAUACAAAUACUUUUUACGAUUCAAAGGGAAGAACUCGAUCGUCCUUCAAUCAAUCGUCGAUGACAGUCUAGAACUGUGGCUGAGCGUGGCGUUAUUUUCUUAUUACAUUAAACAGAAAAAAAGCUCCAUUGUACAUAUUACUCAGAAGAUGAAUAUUUCAGAAAGAAAGAGGAGGACGGACUUACUUUUUCCUAUGUAUGUACGCGCGACAAUUAAAGUUGAAAACUUUUAUAACAUUUCACCACCAUUGUCAUUUAAAUCCCUAAGCCACAAGAUGAGAAAGAAAAAGGGAGAAAAAAGAUAUAUAGAGAUAUAACAAGCUGUAUGGCAGUCAAUAGCAAUAUGUGUAUGUAAAGGUGUUCAACGAGAGAGAAAGAAGUAAUAUGUAUAUGUAUAUAUAUCUAUAUAUAUAUACACAUACAGAGACACACACAUAUAAAUAUUAAAACGUGCUUGUGUUGUGAGAUCGCGAAAACCAUCAUCUCUGCGUCUCAAAUUGAAUAUAUAUGCGGUGCGUCAGUAUUUGUCCUCACUGAAUCCUAUGGAUUUUUUGCUUCGUCGCAGAUAUAUAUUCGUCGAGAAGAAAGAAGAUUCGCGCGCUUUGUAUUUGUACAACAGAUUUUACAAAUGAUUUAAUCUUCUCCCUCCUCCCCCAUAUGCAUUUUGUGCACGAAAAAAUUUCUUCCUUCACUUUUUUAAUAAUACUUUUUCGCCGUUAUAAUAAUACCACAAUCUUAAUAAUGAUACUUUAAGCAGAAUUUCAUGUAUACACAACAGUAGUAUUGCAUACGCAGAUAUUAAUGAUUAAGAUUCGUGUUACUCUCUGUAACAACGAAUGAACAGGGAGAGAAAAAGAGAAGGAGAGAUUCAGCAUCCUCUUUCAUGAUAUUAAGAGUAAUUAUGAAAUAAAACUAGCUAUUUUCAACAUAGCAUUCUUGAUUAGAAACUUUUGGUUUUAUAGUAGAAGAAAGAGCAAUAGUGAUUUAAAGAUAUUUGUAUUAUUAAUUCCACACAAUCUCGCGACAGCGUAGAUGAAAUUGUGACAUCACUGAUAACCGCAUGUGUGGAAAUUCUCACUUGUCGUAGUCCUCUUGUAGUCGAUCUAAUAGUUAAAAAAAAAAUUUGAAAAGACUUUGAAAAACUUACACGGGGAGACUUAAAUGAUACACAACACGUGAUCAGAGAGGCGGAGUACUUUUUUGUAAAGUUUUAUUUUAUAACUCUCUUGUAAGUGUUGUAGUUGAAGAUCCGAAAGGGGGAACCUUUUUAGCACUUUUUAAGGACAUUCGUUUCAUUGUGUCUCUGACUAAUAUGCAUCGAUAGAUGCGAUAUUAGAUAAGGAUGUAAUAUUGCGACAGACCUGACCACUCGUAAUAUUAUGAUGGUUGUUAAGUAAGGUUCAUUGAUCUUCUCUUGCUUAAGAUUAUAAAAAAUAAGUAGGAGAAGAUCCGUAGAACCUUGUACGUGAAAGAUUUAUGUAUAAAUAGAUUAAUGUACAGAGUAUACGCGCGAUGAAGAUUAAACAAACAGACGAAAGCGAUAAUUAACAAAUAAUUAAUAUUGUAUCAAUAUUCUAUUAUUGUAUUUAACAUACAACGUAACUAAAAUAAAUAUUAUUAUUUUUAAUUUAACUUUCUUAUUGUUUUACAUUAAUUUUUAUUUCUUAUUAAUCGCGAAGUUGAAGUAUUGCAACAUGUGUAUUAAGUUUUUAUUUUAAAGUACGAAUGUUAUUUUAAAAAAAAUUUUUUUUUACAAUUUUAUACAUUUCGUACACUUGUAUACUCUGUAUGCGCAGAUGAUGAUUACUAGCUGAACAAAAGUAUGGCAGAUUUUUAAUCGCAACGUUUAAAAAAAAAGAAAGAGAUAGAGAGAUGAAGUUACUACUUUAUUGCUUUUUACGGGGAAAGAGAGAAGAAAAAAUACUCGCGAAAAAUUAUCGAUUGUAUAACGCGCGGUUUGAUGAAUUACACGAACACGAAUAAACCUUUCUACUCCACACAUAUUGCUACAAAUAACUGCUUAAAGAUUAGCGCGAAUUGUUUUAAAACGUAAGCACGAACUAUCCGUAAUACACACGACGAUAUUUUGUAAUGCUAAUGAUGCAAUAAAUAUCUUUCUUAAGCAUAUGUAACUAUAUGUGUAUGCGGGGUGCGAGCGACGUUGGAUAUCGUUACAAAUUGUUAUACGUGUUAUGCAUUGAUUCAUACGAGAUGUCACACAUGUAUCAUAAUAAAAAAAAAUCCACACAUUUAACGGAUAAAGUAUUAUUUUCAUAAACGAACUAACGUCGGAUGUUGAACAUCAUGCGCUAUUAUAUUUGUUUUUGGAAUGAUACACAGAGAUUACAAAGAGCAGCACGAUAUAAUAAAUAAAAUUGUUAUAAAUA